AUGGGCAAAAACACUUCCGCCAUUCCUCACCCUAUCAACGACAGAUCAGCUUUGCUCAAGAAUUUUGCUCCACAACAUAUUGUAUUAUGCGUAUCAUACCGUUCCAAAGAAGGAGCGGACUUCCUGAAGCUGAUCAACGACAGUUUUAUUCUCAGACCAUCUAAGGAUUUGCAAGAUAAGAACGUAUACCAUUACCGUAUCGCUCAUCAUGCUGUAAAUUUGGCAAUCAUCCACAAUCUCACUAAAAGUAAUAUUUCCAGCGGUUUUUACCUUCCCGACUGUGAAAAAGUGAUGGAUCAAAUGGUGGCACCGAUGAGAUUUCUAGCAAUUGACGAUGCAGAAUUCGUUACGCUCAAAGCUUGUGUCUUGUUCAAUCCUGUUGCAAAAGGCCUAUCGCCAUUGGCUGUCACUACCGUAUUGAAUACCCGAAGGCGUAUCUUCUCAGCAUUGGAACACUACGUUCGGACAAGAAAAUUUGAUGAAAAAACGCGGUUAGGAGAUCUGACCUGUUUUCUGCUUUCUCCCUUAUCGUCUUUGGCAAAUUCCAUUUGCGAAGAUAUUUUGGUGACAAAAUUGAGCGGUGUGGCACGGUUGGAUGUGCUUUUGGAAGAACUUAUGCUAGCUGAUGCUGAAGAACAGAAUAAAUGUCCCCAAAGAGCAAUGUUGACAGUCGACACAGCUCUACCCUCUACCAAUGACUUUGGCAGUUUGUUAUCUGAAAAGACGUCACUUUCGUUGACAGAACCAUUAUCCGACGAAUUUGACGCGCUCAGUUCGUUUCCCUCAGGAAUCACUCAUACUUUUACUCUUUCAAACUUUGAGGAGUCACUUCCGAUCUCACCGUCUCCGUCAGUGUCACCAAAUCUGCUCUGGUCAAGUCAGUUGGCAUCGUGCCAGCAUAGCCCAUUGUAUAUCCCAAAUGGAGGUUAUUAAAA